AUGGCUGUUGCUAGGAUUAGAAAUUUGGAUGACAGCAAGCAACUUACAGCCCUUCAGGCGGGGAUCUCCACUAAUCCAUUAACAGUGGGGGGCGAGUUGUGUGAUGAUUUACAAGGACAUCCGACAAGCUCAGGAGGUAAACCCAGCAAUGUUUCAACAGGAACUGCUUCCUCGAGAAUUGAUAACUCGGGGGCUUCUGGUCUGAAAAGAAAGGAUAGAAUUAAGGAACCGUCGAAGGAUAGAAAGAAACAAAAGAAGCAUGACAAAUACGUGCCAGUGUAUACUAUUUACACCGAGCUUAAUGAAACUCGAGAAAAUAUUUACCUCGCACAUGAGGAGAAGGUAGCCUUCGGUAAACCUGAGCCUAUGAGGAAUUCGAGGAGGAAAAUAGAUCCUAACAAAUAUUGUAAAUUCCAUAAAGAUAUUGGGCAUACGACCGGCAAAUUUUGCCAAUUAAAAGAUGAGAUAGAAAGUCUCAUCGCUCGAGGCCAUCUCAAACAAUAUGUGAAAAGACAGGGCCAGGGAUACAACCAGCCCAGUCAGCCUAAUAACCCAAACAAGCGGGGGUUACAACCUAUUCCUGUGGAAGGAGAAGACAUCUUGGUUAUUUCGGGAGGGUCGCAUAUCGCAGGGGAAAGCAAUAACGCUCAGAAAAGAUAUGUGAAGGAGAUAAAGAAGGAGCAGUCAGUCUUUGCCCCAGAACCUUCCAAGAAGGUGAAAACCAAGCAACCCCCCAUUACAUUCACAGAGGAAGACGAGAAGAAUGUGAGAUAUCCUCACGUCGAUCCGCUGGUCAUAACCAUUCAACUCGCCAAUAAGAGGAUCAAGAGAGUGUUAGUAGACAGUGGGAGCUCGGUAAAUAUCAUUUAUGAGGAGACUCUAAAGAAAAUGGGGCUCGAAAAAAAGGCCAAAUUAAGACCUUGUAUGGUGAAGCUUUGCGGGUUCAUCGAACACAGCAUCGCUAGCCUUGGCAUAAUCGAGCUCACAUUAACUUUAGGCGAGGCACCUUUAACUGCUACUAUUAUGGAAGACUUCUUGGUUGUCGACCUGCCCUCAGCUUUCAACAUAUUGUUGGGUCGUUCAGCACUGAUCGUACUAUGGGCAGUCAGUUCGAUCAAGCACCUAUCUUUAAAAUUCCAAACACCAGAUGGCAUGGGAGUGGUGUGUGGUGACCAGGUGUUGGCUCCCAAUUGCUAUCGCAUAGAGUUGCAGCAUAGAAAGGUCGGUCAUCAGUUAGUGGCAAUCUUGGCAGGAGAAAAAAACGAGAUGAAAGAUGAAGAUUUUAAUCCCCGAGUUCAAGAUGAAAGAAACCUGCUACAACCAAUUGAAGAAUUGGAAGAGGUUAUUUUUUGA